CAUGUAGGGAUAGAUGGCAAGAAGCGCGAGUGUAGUAAAGUGCGAAUAACAUUUCAUCUGAUCUGAGCGCUCUGGACCUACGGAGUUCGUGAAAACUUGAGGGAAUAUAGGAGAAUAUUGCAAAUAUUGUUCCUCCUGUCACUUCUAAGAUUAAGGCGCUAAUAUCAAGAUACUGUUAAUUGAGCGAAUUUACCAGAGGAAAUUAGUACGGAGGUCCGAAUUUGAGGUUCAUCAGACGAGAUGCGUCGUUGUACGACAGCAGCGUUGAUUCUCUUAGUUAUUGCGUUAUAUUCCCUUAAGGCAGAAGCAUACAAAUGCAGGUGCACAAGAAAAGGACCAAAGAUUCGCUACAAGGAUGUGCAAAAGCUUGAGAUCAAACCUAAACAUCCUUUCUGCCAAGAGAAGAUGAUUUUUGUCACCAUGGAGAAUGUGUCGCGCUUCAAGGGUCAGGAGUACUGUCUGCACCCCAAACUGCAGAGCACCAAAAACCUGGUCAAGUGGUUCAGAAUCUGGAAGGAUAAGCAUAGGGUGUAUGAAGCUUAAACCAUGGAUUAUGACCACAAAAGGCAAACAACUGAAAAAAACACCUCAAGGCUGUUGUCGUGGAGACAAUACAUAGUCUCCAAGCAAUCAGUACUUGGUCUUGGGGUGAGAUUUAUCAAGCACAUAAGAGAUUUCUAGUUUGCUGGUGCCGUUUUAGUUGGCCAUCAGGCUAAUUAUUCUUACACACAUAAGUCAUUUCAAGUAUAAUAAUGGUAAUAUUUCUGCAUUGCCAACAUCCAAGACUGCUUACCAGUAAUAGCGGAUACUGGAGGAAAUGCAUAGGAUUCUUGUUAUUGUACCAACUGGGAGUUAUAGUGUCUCGGUGAGCUCGCCAGAAGGGUGAAACAUGGCAUACUGUAUGUUCGUAUGAAAGAAGGUGAGGGGAAUUAUUAACCACUCAAACCAAGCACCCAAAUGUCUAUCAUUCAUUUUGUAUAAUGGUGUCCAUUCAAAGAGAAGAUAUAAUGCACACAAGAAGAGAACACAUCCAGAUGACUAGGUCAGUGUGUAGUCAUUUUCCUAUAUGCAAAUAAACUGUUUAGUAUAUUAUGAGCAAUGUAUAAGGUCAACCUGUUAAUUUAGACUUUUUCUUUAGGUAUUGUGUUAUUGGUUGCCUAUAUCCUAUAAUUUGUAUCAUUAUCCUGAUGUCUUCUGUUUUCUCAUGGUGUAUAUUACAAAGACUGGAGUUCAUCAACAUGUUUCAUUUUAAUAUAAAUUUGUCACUACCUAUGGAAAAGUAAUUCUAUCAAGUUAUAUCGUAUUGUAUCCCAUAAGACUCAAGGGAUUGCAUCAUGGUUGAUUAUAAAGCAUUUUCAUGAUGUUAUUCAAUACCUUUUUAAAUUUAGACCUUCAAGAAAGUUUGAUUGUUUUGUAAGCUAUUGAUAUACAGUGUUACAAUGACAGUUGCAAUUUUAUUUUACCAAACAGAAUACUCAAUAUAAGUUGUCUUCAAAGAAUGCGCCUUCUUCUUGUUUUAUAUAUAAAUAUAUAAAUAAACAUUGUAUAUAGUUCAAUAGCCUGUGUUAGUAAGAAUGAAUUCAUAUAUGACUUUCUAGUGUAAUGUAUUGUAUUACUGAGUUAUUGUUGUUUUGCUAUUUAAAUGUUCAUUUGGUGACAGAAAUGUAAAGUAUACAGUACCAGUACAGUACUGUAUGUGUUAGAACUGACCCACCAAGCACCAAAACAUUCCAAGGAAUGGAUGUCAAAAACCACAGCAAUAAAAACACUAUAUAGAACCUUU